UUACCAUGUUGAAGCCUAAAAACAAACAUUUUGGUAUCGACGAUUAUUAUUAUUAGCAUACUUCAAUACAGUAAAUUUAUUUCGAAAUUCGAAGUGAUCAUUUUAUUUGCUAAUUUCGGUUAAAUGUCUGAUUAACACAUAAUUGCAAGCAAAAUGUGAUGUGAAUGACAUGACAUGAUGCAUAAAAUCAGGCAGAGUAGCAUCCUGUAUCCUCUGGAAUUCUAAAUCACUUCCUUGCCGCUGAUUGGCUGUUGAGUUUUGACCCUUGUUGGGAUGGACCUGUUGGAUAAAAGGAGAAUUUCUAUCGGGAUCAUGCGUAUUGCGCCGUCGAUGUCUGUGCACAAGGGACCGAGUCGUAUGUGAAGAAGGGGAUAGUCUCAAAGGCAUCAUGACGGGAAAGGAUGGGGCUGUUUUGUCGGAAAGUUUGAACAAAUCAAAAUCAGUGUGUGCCGCUGAGAACAGGGGAAAUAACAAUCCACAUCUGUCAAAGAGCAGCAGCACACAUCCACCCAAAUGCACGGGCUUCGGCAUCCAGGAGAUCCUGGGACUAAAUAAAGAGCCGUCCUCGGCUCCGCGGAGCACACUGGACUCGUUCCCCGCCGGAGCGCACCUUCUAGCCAGCAGGUCGAUGCUCGGGCCAGCUGGAGUUAGUGUUGGGGUCGGGAUGGGAUUAAUUGGGCCUGGAGGUAUUCCGUCGUUCUACAGCCAGCCCGCGUUUCUUGAGGUGCUAUCAGACGCGCAUAACGUCCAUCUACAGCCGCUCAACAGGACAGUGAGGCCGCUGGAGACAAACCAGUCUGCAAGCUCAGAUUCAGAGGAUGUCUCUUCAAGUGAAAGGAAAAUAUCAAAAUCUUCACUGAGCCAGAGCAAGAAGAGAAAAAAGCGACGACACAGAACAAUAUUUACAUCUUAUCAGCUGGAAGAACUGGAGAAGGCGUUUAACGAGGCUCAUUACCCGGAUGUGUACGCCAGAGAAAUGCUGGCCAUGAAAACCGAGCUGCCCGAGGACAGAAUACAGGUGUGGUCAAAUCGGAGGGCCAAGUGGAGAAAGCGGGAGAAGUGUUGGGGUCGUAGCAGUGUGAUGGCUGAAUACGGGCUCUACGGUGCCAUGGUGCGUCACUCCAUCCCUCUGCCUGAGUCCAUACUGAAGUCUGCUAAAGAUGGCAUCAUGGACUCCUGUGCUCCCUGGCUUCUAGGGAUGCACAAGAAGUCCUUGGAGACUGCUGCAGUCCAAUCAAAUGAGAAGUCAGAUGUCAUUCAGAAACCGACCAAUCCCAAACCGGAUGAGGCUGAGGCUGAGGAAAGGAGGACAGAGUCACCCAUGUCCAAAGAGGAACUGAGGGAGAACAGUAUUGCUGUUCUCAGGGCAAAAGCACAGGAGCACAGUGCCAAAGUGCUGGGAACGGUUACCUCGGAGAGACUAGAGCACAAAAUGGAGACGUCGGUGACAGAGGAGUCCAGCGAACAGUCAGACACAAAAGAAGAGGAAAAAGGUUCUUAGAUGAUGCACUGUUAAUUCUUCCAAUCCAAAACAUUGGCUUAGUGUGCAAAUAUCUGUGCUGUUGUCUCUUCCCUUCCUGCACUGUUCCCAGGACAGCACUGGACUUUUAAUUGAUUCUCAAUGUUCCUCUGCAUUUUAUUUCACUUUAGCAAGGUCAAAACCAUUUAGAAAUUUGCAGUAUUUUGAUAGCAGCAUCAGUCCAUCAUGCCAGUGAUUAAUAGUUUUUUUUCUUUCUUCAAAUAAAGGACUUCAAAAAUUCUAGCCAUAAAAAUUCUAUCUAUAAAUAUAACACCCCUUUAUCAUGUUGGCAACCUCCUCGGUGCCAUUUGCAAAAUUUCUCAAUUGAAUAAAACCAUAAAUGUUUGUAUAUUUAUGAUCUAGUUUCAGUAUAAAGUAAUAUUGUCAUCAGAAAUGUAUUGGUCAAGAACUCCUACUGAGCUUUGAAAUAACAGGACUUAAAUGCUUUUCUUUUUUCUUUUGUACAGUACCCGUCUUCAGAUUCGCAGUGGUUAAAGUUGUAAUAGAGUGUAUUGCUGUAUAUAUUGUAAAUUAAGAUAGCCUGCUACAGUAUUGUUUGAACUAUACAUUGAUGUACUGUAGUCUUAUGUGCUUUUUUUCGUAACAUGUAAAAUGCAAUACAAAUUAUUAAAAAAA